ACACCUGUGUCGCUUCCGCGGACGCAGUGGCAACCUAUGCUUUGCGCGCCCAGUGGCCUCGGUCGCGGUGGCCUGACGCUGCCAAGGCGGUGAGAGGUCAUCUGGGAAGUGUCUCGCCCGGGAACCGCUCUGCCCCCGAAGGCCCCCUCGGUCCUCCCGCGGCGCCCUCCUCCGGCCGUGGUCACCCAGGUGCACAGGAAGCGCCGGGGGAGGACGCAGGUGCGCGGGGGAGGGGGGCGCUGGAGGCGCCGGGCGAGGAACCCCAAGCUCGAACCUGCAGACCCAGCGCGAAGUAGAAACUGAAAGUACACUGCGGCGAAUCCUACGGAAGUUCUAGGAAAGGCAGAGCCCAGACCUCCGUGGCGUGUGCCGCGCCCCCUGGGAUGGAUGAAGCAGCGGGCGCGGCGUGGGGCAGACGAACCAGCCGCAGAGACGGCCACCCGGUCCGACUCCCGCCACCGCCGCGCACACCGGGGUCCUGGCAGUGACCAUGGCCUGCGAGAGCCCCCUCGAGCUGCAGCUGCGGUCAUCAUGACCACGCCCGCCUCCCGCAGACCAUGUUCCAUGUUUCUUUCAGGUAUAUCUUUGGAAUUCCUCCCCUGAUCCUCGUUCUGUUGCCAGUCGCGUCAUCUGAUUGUGAGAUCGAAGGUAAAAGUGGCGAAGAGUACCAGCAUGUCAUCAUGGUCAGCCUCAAUGACCUGGACAGGAUAAGAGAAAAUGAUAGCAAUUGCCUGAAUAAUGAACCUAACUUUUUUAAAAAGCAUUCAUGUGAUGAUGAUAAGGAAGCUACGUUUUUAAAAACUGCUGCUCGCAAGUUGAAGCAAUUUCUUAAAAUGAAUAUCCAUGAGGAAUUCAAGCUCCACUUAUCAAUAGUUUCACAGGGCACAUUAAAACUGUUGAACUGCACCAGGAAGGAUAAAGAAAAAAAACAACCUUCCUUGGGUGAAGUCCAACCCACUAAGAAUUUGGAAGAGAAAAAAUCUUCGAAGGGACAGAAAAAACAGGAUGAAAUGUGUUUCCUCAUGAUACUACUAGAAAAGAUAAAAACUUGCUGGAAUAAAAUUUUGAGUGGCACUAAAGAACACUGAAACGUAUGGCGUGACAAUAUAAAGACGUGAACUUUAGUUGCAUCCCUCAAGAAUUGAUCUGCUCGUGCAAUUUUCCGGGGUAGAACGCCUCCCAGAAAUUACUGAAUGCACCUGGUAAAAAUGGGUUAGAGCAAUUGAGAAAUACAUGCUGUGGUACUAGAAGGACACAAGCAAUGGAACCGAACGCUGCAAUCAACGGACUAUUUCCUAUGUGUGUGCACAUGCGUCAGCUGGUGUUAAUUUGGGGCUGAUUUUUGUAAGACGAUCCAUGUAAGGUAUUAGCUGCAAUAAUCCUUUUUAGACCUGUUAAAAAUGUUCAGGAGACAUGUAAAAUCUGUGGUGUAUAUAAAGGUUACAAGGAUUAAAAAUUAGCUUUGCUUUAUUUCUUUAUGGCCUACUAUGCAUCAGUAUAAUGCAAUGAGUGUGGAUAGUGUCAUCUUCUGGCAGAGUUGACAGUGAGGUAUGGAUAAUGCCCAUGAGAACAAGUCAUGUAUCUUAAAGCAGAAACGUAAAGGAGUCCAAGAUGCUUUCAGAGGCGUGUGACUGUGUAGCACAUUGCCUCCAGUAGAUGGCAUAGCAAAUGUCCUAAAAUGAAAACA